AUGCGCGCUUGUCGCCGCCUGCCUCAAGAUCCUCUUGUUCCCCGCAUAGUUCGUCCUGCCCCCGUCGGUUUAUUGAUAAAUCUACAGACUUCGAGGUACAUAGGAAUUGGCUGGCCAUCACCCACAGUCUUCCCAUCAAGGAAUGGUACCUCGAGAACACUUCAGAAUGGACCCUCGACUACCCCCUUCUUCGCCUACUUCGAGUGGACUCUCGCCCAAGUCGCGAGGCUUGUUGAUAGGUCUAUGCUUCGAGUCUACAACCUCGAGUAUGAUAGCUGGCAGACAGUUUACUUCCAGCGCUCGACCGUCAUCGUAACUGAGCUCCUCCUGGCAUACGCCCUCCAACUUUUUGUCGACUCCGCCGUCAUCUCGAAGCGCGCCGCCCAUGCCGCCGCGAUUUCCAUCAUUCUCUCGCCCGGCCUCCUUAUCAUCGAUCAUAUCCACUUCCAAUACAAUGGCUUCCUGUAUGGUGUGCUGGUCCUCUCCCUGGUUCUUGCCCGCUCUAGGUCGACGCUACUCGCGAGUGGGCUCUUAUUCGCAGCUCUUCUCUGCUUGAAACACAUCUACCUUUACCUUGCGCCCGCCUAUUUCGUCUUUCUCCUACGAGAAUACUGCUUGUCGCCCAAAAACAUCCUCAAGAUUCGGUUCGGGAAUUGCAUAAAGCUGGGCGGCGGCAUCGCUGCCAUCGUGGCUGCUGCCUUUGGGCCAUUUGUGGCGAUGAACCAGAUACCCCAGGUGAUAAGCCGCCUGUUUCCUUUUUCCCGCGGCCUUUGCCAUGCGUACUGGGCGCCCAACGUUUGGGCCAUGUACUCCUUUAUGGAUCGGGUCCUCAUCUAUGUCGCCCCUCGGUUUGGCCUACCUCUGAAGGCCGAGGCAUUGGGCAGCGCGACGCGAGGCUUGGUUGGAGACACCGCCUUCGCCGUUCUCCCCGAGAUCACGCCCCGAAUCUGCUUCAUUCUCACCCUCGUCUUCCAAGCGAUCCCUUUGAUCAAGCUCUUCAAGAGCCCAAAAUGGGACACCUUUAUCGGAUCUGUUACUCUUUGCGGAUAUGCCUCCUUCCUCUUCGGCUGGCACGUGCACGAGAAGGCCAUCCUUCUCGUUAUCAUCCCUUUACGCUCAUUUGCCUCAACGAUCGCCGCCACUUUGGAGCUUUUAAGCCCUUGGCAGUCGCGGGCCACGUAUCCCUCUUCCCCUUCUCUUCACGGCUGCCGAGUUCCCCAUAAAAACAGUGUAUACCAUCUUUUGGCUCGUCACAACCCUCAUGGUGUUUGA